UGGUUGCCCCGUCAUCUCUCUCCGUUCACUUUCCACCAGUUGGUCUCUUUUCUCAGUCACGUGUCACACCCCAAAAACCCUACCUCUCCCUCCACCGGCCAUUGGAGGCCUUGCCACACCGACCGGCAUCCAAGAGAUACGCUACAAAUCAAUUUGGAUGGCGCUUAACUCCUAUUUUGAGUCCACCACUUCAUUUAUUUCCCCAUUGAUUUUCAGAUUCUCGACUUUUAGUUGACAAUCCAAAGAUCCCAUUGCAAACAGCCAAUACUAGGUACAGAGUUGAAUCUACUAUUUACUACUCUAAUGGAGGCUGGGGAAGAAAGCACACCAACAAAGUCUUCCAAACCUUCAUCCUCAGCACCGGAAGCACCAGUUACGCCUACUACACCCGCUUAUCCUGAUUGGCAAAGCUCUAUGCAGGCUUUUUAUAGUGCUGGAGCUGCUCCACCUUUCUUUGCUUCUACCGUUGCUUCACCCACUCCCCACCCCUACAUGUGGGGAACCCAGCAUCCUCUGAUGCCUCCAUAUGGAACCCCAGUUCCUUACCCAGCUUUAUAUCCUCCUGGCGGAGUCUACACUCAUCCUAAUAUGGUUACGGCGCCAGGUGUUGUUCCUGGAACUGCUGAUUUGGAUGGGAAGAGCACUGUAGGGAAGGACCAUGCUUUGGGGAAACAAAUCAAAGGGACUUCUGGAAACCAUGUUUUGGCUGGUAGCAAGAUGGGAGACAUUGGAAAAGUUGCUUCAGGCUCUGGAAAUGAUGCUGGUACUCAAAGUGCUGAAAGUGGGAGUGAGGGUUCAUCAGAUGCAAGUAAUGAUGACAAUAACCAGGGAUUGUCUGCAGCAAAGAAAGGAAGCUUUGAUCAAAUGCUUGCUGAUGGGGCAAGUGGUCAGAGUAAUGGUGCCUCAACUAGUUUCCAGAGUUCAGUACCUGGUAAUCCUGUAGUCUCUGUGCCAGCAGCUAAUCUGAACAUUGCUAUGGAUUUGUGGAAUCCUUCUUCUGGUUCUGCAGCGAUGAAAAUGCAUCCAAAUGUACCUGUUGCUUCUACAGCCAUUGGUCAAUCUGGAGUGAUGAAUGAUCGGUGGCUUCAGGAUGAUCGAGAAUUGAAAAGACAAAAAAGAAAGCAGUCUAACCGGGAAUCUGCACGGAGGUCAAGAUUGCGGAAACAGGCUGAGUGUGAAGAUCUACAGCGUACGGUGGAAACAUUAAAUAAUGAGAAUCACACUCUUAGGGAGGAGUUGCAGAGGAUUUCUGAGGAAUGCCAAAAACUUACAUCUGAGAAUCACUCCAUAAAGGAUGAAUUAAUAAAGCUAUGCGGGCCGGACAUUGUAUCUAAAUUAGAAAGCAACUCAGGCACGGAUAUUGAGUCGCGCGGGGAUGAAGGUAACCAAUAGACCCUGGGUCUGGGAUGGGGCUAGAACUAGAAAUUAACAGGUAAUCAAUAUUAAUUUUGUGAGUUGUGCAACUUUAGGAUAACAAAAUGGAAGAAAAAGAGUGAUUUUUGUGCGUAGUAAUCCACCAUCCAUGCAAUAUUUACCUGCUGCUUAGCUUCUUCUUAGUUGUUGUCUCUUAUAAAAUUCAUCUGUUUUAAUGCAAACUUUCAUGUUUGUGGUAUAAUGAGAGAUGUAAUUUGUGGUUUGAACAA